AUGGCUUUUCAAAACUCCAAGCAAGCUAACAAAGAUUCCUUUUUUUCAUCAUGCUCAAAUUCAGAGCGGCCAAGCAUAAAUCUUAGAUCACAAUUCAAAAGGCUUUCUCAGCAAGCCGGCUGCCUAAUUCCUUUUGAAAGAGCUGACAGCACUUCAUCAGGCUCAUCCAUUUCUACAGCAACAAGAAAAAUUGGCUACCACAAUUGAAAAACCCAGCGUCACCUUACGUGCUUUACCCCAAAAUCUCCUACAAAUAACCUUCAAAUGGAUCAAGAUAGAAUGAUUUCUUGUAUAAUUCAAGAUUGUGAUAUGAUAAAGGACGAAAUUCUAGGGGCGAGAAAAUCAGUUGAAAGAGAUGCGAGUGUCACAAGAAAAAAUAUUUUAAGUGUAAGCCAAAUUGAGAACUCUGAAAAAUUUCAGUCUUUAAUACAUGAGGAUUAUUUUGAAAAAGAAAAGAAAAAAAUUGAAGAAAAUUAUGAUUUUUUAUAUUAAAAUAUUACUAGUCCUCUGUUACCUCAUUUUUAAUAGAUUAAGAUUAAGAUUAAGAUUAAGAUUACGCUGGGUAUUUAAAGUCCCUACUACGUCCGAGGUCGCAUGCCACGGUUUCCCGUGUGGUGGCAGAGCGUUCACCAAGCCCGGGCCGAAACCCCCGGUUUCUCGGUAGAGGUAUUGUCAAGGGCCGUAUUAUACCGGCUUUGCUGACCACCUCCAUUUCCAACUUGGAUCGUCGCCUAAGUUUACGCCAACUCCGCUUCGUCGUCCGCCAGAUCUGCCCAUUGAAGGGCACCUUUUAAACUGGAGAGACCCCCGUCUCGAUGUCUAACUCACCUCCCCUCUUUUCCGGUCAUCCCGAGAAAGAACUCAACAGCUUUCGCCAUUCGGGGCGAGCCACUAAAGCAGCUUAGGCAGGUAAUUCACCCUGCCUCAUUUCGGGCACUCACUGGGCUGAGCGCUGCUGGCAAAAAGAAGUCACGAAUAACUGCCUAUGGGUCUGGUCGCAAAAACAGCGGUUCUCGCGCUUAGGCCUCUCGCUUCGAGGUCCCGGACGUUGUUGGGCUAAUUCCUGGCUCCAAAAACCAUGCCCGGAUAUACAUGGGUAAUCACCACUGGGAGGGUGGGUCGGUCGCCAUACGCCAUUUUAUGUAUAUAUUUUUUAAUAGAUAAAUUUAUAUUUUAAUAAUAGAAUUCUUUAUGCUUAAUUAAUUAAAAAUAUUAUAUAUAAAAACUUGCAUCAUAAUGAAGAACUUGACAAAAAAUAUGAUAAAGUUCGGUCACUUUUAACACCUUCAAGAGAAGGGAAAGCACAUCACAGCCGUUUUCCCAAUCUUGAAGUAAAUGUAGAUAAGCAAAAUCAUUAUUUUAUUACAAGUGAAGAUUUAAUAGAUACAGAAACAGCCCACAUAAUAUCACUUAAUAAGCGGUGCUUUGGUGAAAAUUUUUCACCAAAAAUAAAAGAAUCACCUGAAAAAAGCAGCCCAAAAGCUAAAGCAAUGAUAAAUGCGAGCGAAAUAUCUCCAGAAGAAACUAUCCUUACUGAUAUAAAAUCAAUAAUAUCUAAAAAAAGUGAAUACUCCCCAAGAAAAGCAAAAUCUCCAAAUAGCUCUUGUUUCCCUUCAAGAAUGGGCUCAGAAAGGAUUUUUGAUAAAAUGCGAAUACAGCAUAUGUCGCCUUUAAAUCAACAAAUUUUUCAUGAGCUUGAUAGGCUGAUUCCACAAAAAAUAGCAAACGCCAAUAAAAGGAGCCAGCCACUAUUCAAAAGUAAAAAUUUUAACAUGAAAAAUAAAAAUAAAAGCAAUAGAAAAGAAGAAAGCUAUGGUAAAAAGAGCUUUAAUAAAAAAGGGGAAAUUCAAAGCAAUUAUUUUCAAAAAAAAGUGUUAGAUAAAAAUGUAAUGGAACUUUUUAAAGGCUGCAAAAUUGAGCCUAAAGAUUUCAAGCUGAAGAGAAGAGUUGAGAGGCUGCUAACUGCAAGACAAAACUUAGGUAACACUAAAAAAGAAGUAUUCUAG